AUGCCGAGAGACAAAGCAAUGGAAAAGCUCUUGGCAACGAAGAAGCUGGCUGCUGUUUCUACAGCUAAGUACCGCACCAACGUCCUCAACAGGGCGAAUGACGAGCAGAAAGCAGCCGAAAAUCCCAAGAGUGGUUCCUUCAGGCCUUCUCCCUCCAAACAAUCCCAACCCAAAAUUCAAAAAACUGGGGCGGGUGAUGUGAGUGCAUCCGACAAACACCGGAAACACAUUGCUCAAAAGUCCAAGAGAGGGGACGGCUCUACUCUCAAAGCUGGCAAGGAGGCCAUGCUGCGCGUCCAAGGGCUCAAACGACCAAUCCAGGAAAAAUCAAAAGAGGUAACAGCCGCUAACGCUCGAGCCGAUUCCGCCUUAGACCGAGCUCAAUUUGAAAUUGCUCAGAAUGAGCUUCUGACCCUUGAUAUGAUGUAUUCCCAGGCGGACGCCAACUUGCAGGUGAAGAAGGACCUGCACUUGGCCCGCUCCAAAGUUAAUGAACUUAAGGCCGAAGUUAAAGGUCUUAAGGAAAAACUUGAGCCUCUUCAAGAGGCCAAGAAUGAGGCCGAGAGGGCCAAGGAGCGGGCAAACGAGGAGUACAAUGCUGAACUCCUUCGCCGGGCUGAAGAGGAGGAUGCGGAUGGUGAAGAGGCCGACUCCUCUUCAGGCUCCUCCGGGGAUGAAGACGGGGAAGAGGAUGUUGAUGAUAAUGAAGAGCAGCCGGCAACUGAUGAUGCGGCUGCCAAUGCUGGCAAUCCCCCUGCCCCUUAA